AUGGAGCAGGCCGCCACCAUGGUCGAGCCCAGGGGCCCCCUAGACCAUGGCGUCCAGAUUCGCUUCAUCACAGAGUCAGUGGGUGGUGCGGAGCCGGGCACCCUACGCCGAGCCGGGCGACGGCCAGCCAAAGAUGCAAGAGCCAACAGCUAUGGGGUCGCCGUGCGUGUGCAGGGCAUCGCCGGGCAGCCCUUCGUGGUGCUCAACAGUGGGGAGAAGGGUGGUGACUCUUUUGGGGUCCAAAUCAAGGGGUCCAACAACCAAGGGGCCCCGGGAGCUCUGAGCUCAGACUUGGAACUCCCUGAAAACCCUUACUCUCAGGCCAAGGGUGUUCAUGCCUCCUCGCAGGGCAGCACCUCCGAUGAGGAGCCUGCGGCUGGCUGGAAAGGAAGGCUCCUCCGUUCCCAGUCCCAGGCCUCACUGGCGGGCCCUGCCCCUCUGGCUCCUAGCACCAGGAGCACCAGCCUGCUGGAGUUAGCCCCUCAGGGCACCACCCCGGGUAGCACCAUCGACACGGCUCCCCUGUCUUCAGUGGACUCACUCAUCAAUAAGUUUGACAGUCACCUUGGGGCCCAGGCCCGGGGCCGGACGGGCCGCCGUCCACGGACGCUGCCCCAUGAGCAGCGCAAGCGGAGCCAGAGCCUGGACAGCCGGCGCCCACGGGACGUGCCUGAGGAUCGGGAGCGGCAGUCUCCUGCUCAUCUGUCCCCCGGCACAAAGUAUGAUAGCUCGAGACAGCCGGUCCAGAGCCCGAGCUCGCUCAGUGGCUUGAGCCGUUCCCAACAGACCCAGGAUUGGGUCCUGCAGAGCUUUGAGGACUCUCGUGGGAGAGCGCCAGACUCCGCUUUGCUGCAGUUCAAAUCAACCCCAGACCUCCUCCGAGACCAGCAGGAGGCAGCCCCACCGGGCAGCGUGGAGCACGUGAAGGCCACCAUCUACGGCAUCCUGAGGGAGGGAAGUCCCGAAAGCGAAACCUCAGUGAGGAGGAAGGCCAGUUUGGUGCUGGAGCAGAUGCAGCCCCUGCUGAUGGCCUCUCCUGGUCCUGCGAAGACCUUGGCAGGGCAGGGCGAGCUCACCCGAAAAAUGGAGGCGCUGCAGCAAAAGCUGGAUGAUGAAGUGAAGAAGCGGCAGAAGCUCGAGCCGUUCCGGAUGGGGCUGGAGCGGCGGCUGGAGGAGCAGGCUGAGGAGUGCAGCCGACUGCAGGAGCUGCUGGAGCGGAGGCAGGGGGAAGCCCAGCAGAGCAUCAAGGAACUCCAGAACAUGAAGCUCCUGCUGGACCAGGGCGAGCGGUUAAGACAUGGACUGGAGAGCCAGGUGAUGGAGCUGAAGAACAAGCUGAAACAGGCCCAGGGGCCAGAGCCCGCUAAGGAGAUGCUGAUGAAGGACCUGCUAGAGACCCGGGAGCUUCUGGAAGAGGUCUUGGAGGGGAAACAGCGGGUCGAGGAGCAGCUGAGGCUGCGGGAGCGGGAGUUGACAGCCCUGAAAGGGGCCCUGAAGGAAGAGGUGGCCUCCCGUGACCAGGAGGUGGAAAAUGUCCGGCAGCAGUACCAGCGAGACACAGAGCAGCUUCGCCGGAGCAUGCAGGAUGCUACCCAGGACCAUGCGGCCUUGGAGGCUGAGAGGCAGAAGAUGUCAUCCCUGCUCCGAGGCUUGCAGAGGGAGCUGGAGGAGAGCUCGGAGGAGACAGGGCACUGGCAGAGCAUGUUUCAGAAGAACAAGGAGGAGCUUAGAGCCACCAAGCAGGAACUCCUGCAGCUGCGGAUGGAGAAGGAGGAGAUGGAAGAGGAGCUUGGGGAGAAGACGGAGGCCCUGCGGAGGGAGCUAGAGCAGGCCCGGGCUGGUGCUGGGGACACCCACCAGGUGGAGAAGCUCAAGAAGGAGCUGCGCCGGACCCAGGAGGAGCUCCAGGAGCUGCGGGCAGAGCGGCAGAGCCAGGAGCUGGCCGGGCGGCACCGGGAGCGAGAGCUGGAACAGCAGCUGGGGGUCCUGAGCGGGGAGGCGGACCGAGGCCGGGAGCUAGAACAGCAGAACCUUCAGCUGCAGAAGACCCUCCAGCAACUGAGGCAGGACUGUGAAGAGGCUUCCAAGGCUAAGGUGGCAGCGGAGACAGAGGUAUCAGUGCUGGGGCAGCGCCGGACAACGGUGGAAGCAACGCUUCGCGAGACCCAGGAGGAGAACGACGAGUUCCGACGCCGCGUCCUGGGUCUGGAGCAGCAGCUGAAGGAGGCGCGAGGCUUCGCCGAGGGCAGGGAAGGCGUGGAGGCGCGACUUCGGGACAAGGUGCAGCGGCUGGAGGCAGAGAAGCAGCGGCUCGAGGAGGCCCUGAACACGGCGCAGGAGGAGGAAGGGAGCCUGGCAGCAGCCAAGCGGGCUCUGGAGGCCCGGCUGGACGAGGCCCAGCGGGGGCUGACCCGCCUGGGGCAGGAGCGGCAGGCACUGAACCGGGCUCUGGAGGAGGAGGGGAAGCAGCGCGAGGCCCUCCGGCGGGGCAAGGCUGAGCUGGAGGAGCAGAAGCAUCUGCUGGACAGGACUGUGGACAGACUGAACAAAGAGCUGGAGCAGAUUGGGGGGGACUCUAAACAAGCCCUGCACCAGCUCCAGGCCCAGCUGGAAGAUUAUAAGGAAAAGGCCCGGCGGGAGGUGGCAGACGCCCAGCGCCAGGCCAAGGAUUGGGCCAGCGAGGUUGAGAAGGCCUCUGGGGGACUGAGCCGGCUGCAGGAGGAGGUCCAGCGGCUGCGGCAGGCCUUGCAGGCGUCCCAGGCUGAGCGGGACACGGCCCAGCUGGACAAGGAGCUGCUGGCCCAGCGACUGCAGGGGCUGGAGCAGGAGGCAGAGAACAAAAAGCGCUCCCAGGACGACAGGACCCGGCAACUGAAGGGCCUCGAGGAAAAAGUCUCACGGCUAGAAGCAGAGUUAGAUGAAGAGAAGAACACGGUGGAGCUACUGACGGACCGGGUCAAUCGAGGGCGGGACCAGGUGGACCAGCUGAGGACAGAGCUCUUGCAUGAGAGGUCUGCUCGGCAGGAUCUGGAGUGUGAUAAAAUCUCCUUGGAGCGACAGAACAAGGACUUAAAGGGCCGAUUGGCCAGCUCAGAAGGCUUCCAGAAACCCAGUGCCAGCCUUUCCCAGCUUGAAUCCCAGAAUAAGGAGUUGCAGGAGCGGCUGCAGGCUGAAGAGAGGGACAAGACGGUUCUGCAGUCCAGCAACCGGAAGCUGGAGCGGAGAGUUAAAGAGCUGUCCAUCCAGAUUGAUGAUGAGCGACAGCAUGUCAAUGACCAGAAGGACCAGCUAAGCCUGCGGGUGAAGGCUUUGAAGCGGCAGGUGGAUGAGGCAGAGGAAGAAAUUGAGCGGCUGGACGGCCUGAGGAAAAAGGCCCAGCGGGAACUGGAGGAGCAGCAUGAGGUCAACGAACAGCUCCAGGCCCGCAUCAAAACCCUGGAGAAGGACUCCUGGCGCAAAGCUGCUCGCUCAGCUGCUGAGACAACCCUCAAACAUGAAGGACUAAGCUCAGAUGAAGAAUUUGACGGUGUCUAUGAUCCCUCAUCUAUUACAUCAUUGCUUACGGAGAGCAACUUGCAGACCAGUUCUUGUUAGCUCAUGGGCCACAAGGGCCCAGAAACCAGGCCUGAGGUCUAGUGUGGCCUGUCUUGUUGUGCCCUGUCUUGUGCACCUUGCUCAGCCUUGGAUGGCUCCUUCCUAUAGGUGGCUCAUAGGAAGGGGCCUGAUUGAUGGUGGUUGAAAAAAAAAAAAAAAAGAUCUGAGAGCUAAGCUGAUGGAUCGACUUUCCUUCCUCUGGAGGUGCAGGUAUCUUAGGCCAACUAAGUCCUUCCUUAAUUGCCCGCCCCUCCCUGUUCCCCCUCUUGGAAGGAUGCUCAGCAUAUGGGCUGAGGAAGACAGCAGGAUACGAGGGGAUAGACGUUGCCAUGUACAUACAUAUAUAUAUAUAUAAAGUUGUAUUUCAUCAGCUAACCUUAAAGGCUCAGGGAAAUGCCCUAUGUGAUUCUGCUCCCUUGACUCCUCACACCCAUUUCCCUCCCUCUCUGGACCGGGGCUAGGGGGGGCACAUUGUGGGUCAUGGACAUGCUAAUGUGAUUCUACCCAUUUCACAUUUGCUUCUCUUUGCACAGUUGUGGGGCUGGUGAAGUAGUCCUCAUACCCCUCCCCUUCCUCCCGGCCUUCAGAUCCAAGGGACUCUUCUCCUCUCCCUUCCCAUCUUCUCCAUUCUACCUUCCCUCUUGCCUCUCAGUGCCUUAGCCAGGGUGAGACGAUAAGGCUGCUCUUCUUGCCUUUUGUACCUGCACAUUCAUACCUCUCCAAAGACCAGUCUCUCUACAACAUGGGCCUUCAGUCUUCCUUUGGCUGCCCCACUGACUGGCCCGGAAAACUCCUGGAUUCUCUACCGAACAGCCCCUUCCAGGAGGGACUUCGGUUGGGCUAUGAUCGAGGGGGUGGGGUCCCUGGUCCUGUUCAGGGCUUCUGUCCCACCCCCUUCUCUGUCACUUCGGAUGUGAUUAUAAGGUGAUUAUUCCUGGGAGCCCUAACAACUGUUUAUAUACAUUCAAA